AUGGAUCUCAGCUCGUUAACAGGCAAGUCUGCCACUGGCGCUGGUGCGAGCUCGGCCACCUCGGCUGAGCGCAAGGAAGCCAUCAAGCAGCAGGUUUCGUCGGAGCUCGCAAUGGCGAAUGCACAGCAGCUCAUCACCAAGGCGACCGAAAAGUGCUACGCCAAGUGCAUCCCGGCACCUGGAUCGAGCCUGUCGGGCAAGGAGCAGACGUGCCUCACCCGCUGCAUGGAACGCUACUUUGAGGCCUUCAACAUCGUCUCGUCCACGUACGUCCGCAGGGUCGGCAACGAGCGUGCUGCAGGCGCCGUCGUAGAGGCCGGCCUUUAG